AUACAUCAUGGUGUAAAAGGUGUCGUGUAUGAUGAUACAGGAUCUCCCAUACCCAACGCACUAAUAGCAGUUAAAAAUCGCCACCAUGACGUCACGACGGCUAAAGACGGGGAUUUUUGGCGGCUUCUAACUCCCGGAAGCUAUGACGUUACUGCCUCGGCACCAGGCUAUAAGGCGGUCACAUUAAACCUUUACGUUCAUCCAAACGAGCCGGCGACACAAGUCCAGUUUCAAUUGCACGAGCAAAGCCUUGUGUUAGGAUUGCCAGUUACCAUGAUGGUGGGACUCAGUUUCAUGAUAGCUAUAGUGCUGGCUAUUGUUGUAGUUGGAUUGUGGCGAUUGAGUCGUUACAGAAAACAUAUGAAUGUCAGACGAAAUGGAUAUGUAAUGGACUACGACCACGAGCGUUCGUUGAACUCUUUUAACUCCAAGGCGUUGCUUAGCAACGAAUACUCUGAUGAUACGGAUGAUGAGGAGGAAGAUAUAAUACUGGAAAAUGUAAAGCGAUGA